GCCUGCUGGCCAGCAUUUGUGUCCUCCUAAUUACCUACAUACUAGGUACCUCUUAGCUACCUGUCUGCCUACCUACUUUUUUUACCUACCCGACCGACAUAAUGAACUACCCACGACCGCCGUCGGCGCGUGACUCAUGGUUUGCGCCUAUAUCUGUCGAUAUUCUCCUCAGGGUCCUCAACGUUACGCUGUUACAUCCCUUCGUAGCAUGGAUAAUUCCUCUUUGCUUUCGCGCCGAACAUCAGGCAUGGUCUACUAGGCCUAUGAUAGUCAGCAUUGUGUGGGCGACUAUGGUUACUCUUCUAUGGAUGGGAAAUGUCAUUAGCCACAAGAUUGCGUAUGGAAUGCACCGGGAGGUAGACUUGAGUGAGGAGGUCAUCGUCAUAACAGGGGGGGCUAGCGGUCUUGGCUUGUUAGUUGCUGAGGUAUAUGGCAUGAGAGGUGCUACUGUUGCGGUUCUAGAUAUCGCCGAACUGGAGAGUACCGAUGCCCGAGGCAUUACCUAUUAUAAGUGUGAUGUGGGUGACAAGGCCCAGAUUGCUAGAGUUGCAGCGCAGAUAGAGCGUGAUCUUGGACCACCUACCAUCUUAAUCAAUAACGCUGCCGAUGUCGUUGGUAAGAAGCUGCUCGACAUGGAAAUAGAUGAGGUCGAGAAAAGCGUCACAACAAACCUCUUGUCAUACUUCUAUACUAUCAAGACAUUUUUGCCGGGGAUGAUUCGCAACGAAACUGGUGGCACCAUUGUUACCAUGUCUAGUGUUAUUGGUCAUCUCGGCGCGUCUCGCCUCUCGGAUUAUGCUGCCUGUAAGGCGGGAGUAACCGCAUUGCACAAGUCUCUCGCUGCUGAGCUACGGGAGUACCCCGAGAUCAAGACGAUUCUCGUUACGCCGGGCCAACUAAGUACACCACUUUUCUAUGGCGUCAAGACCCCGAAUCCAUUUAUUGCUCCGGUAGUCGAACCCAUAGAUGUGGCCAAGGAGAUAAUAAAAGCUAUCGACCUCGGCGUUAGCGACCACAUCGGGAUGCCUCUAUAUGCGCGUUGGGUGGACUGGUAUAAUGUGUUGCCCGUGGGUCUACAGCAGAUCUGUCGAAGACUUUCCGGUAUAGACGCCGGUAUGACGACGUUUGUCGGUCGUAGGGGCACGGAGCUAAGGGAGAAGAAUGGGCACUCGAUCUAGCAUCUCAACACUGACCGGGUCA